CCGGGAUGGUGGCGGCUCCUCCGGCCGCCGCCGCCGCCAUGCGCCGCGGGUUCCUGGUGCCCGAGAUCCGCCCGCUCGACCAGUACGACGGGAACCGGGCCCGCAGCGCCGCCAGCCUGGCCUGGGCCAUCGCCACCGGCUACGGCGGCGCCGCCAACGUCCCCGAGGAGCUCCGUGACCCUUUCUACACCGACCAGUACGCGCAGGAGCACCUGAAGCCGCCGGUGGAGCGCCUCCUGCUGGCCAGCGACAUUUACUGCAGGGCCUGGAGCCACGCCCUGGCCCCGCCCCCCGGCCAGGCCACGCCCCCCGCCUCGGCCACGCCCCCUCCGCAGGACCUGGGGGCGCUGCUGGCGCUGCUGGCGGGGAGGGGGCUCCCCCCAAAUGUGCAGGGGGUCCCCGUAAAGGCGCAGGAUCUGCAGCAGAAACCGAUACGGAUGGGUGCGCACCUGGCUCUGAUCGAUUCCCUCAUGGCCGCCUUCGUCACCGAGGCCACCCGAAAUUUGGGGACCCCCCCUGGAGCCCCCCCGGGACCUCAAUCCUGGGAACCCAAAAUUUUGGCUUGGUUGGAGACGGUGAAUCGGAAGCUGCAGGAAAGCAGUGAAAAGGAGGGCGGGGGGACGGCCCCAAAUUUGGGGGUCCCCGAGAGCUCCACGGCACCCCCGGCGUGCGGCCACAAG